CCUCUGGCCGCUGGUCCUCCGCGCCUCCAGGGGGCAGCACUGCUCCUUGUUCCCCGCUGUAGCUGCGCUGCAGGCGGGCAGCUGAUUGGCUGAGCCGCCGCCUGGCAACAGGCUGCAGAGAUCAAUAACAUCCGGCCUCCUCAGCUUCAUUUAGAGGCGAAAAUAAAAUAUUUACUGUGUUUUUCUCUCUUUAAUAACUAAAGAUGGACAGUUUACAGGCAGCAGACCCGACAUAUCUGAAGAGGAGGGUGAAGGGCUGCUCUCUGGACGUCCACCCCACUGAGAGAGCUCUGGUGGUCCAGUACGAGGUGGAGGCCACGGUGCUGGGGGAGCUGGGACACCCGGUGGUCGGGGAGCGCAAAGAGUGCCAGAAAAUUAUCCGUGUGAAGAGCCUGAAGGCCCGGACUGACGUGUCGUCUCUGGCCCGGAAGGUGGUGGAGGAAUGUCGACUGAUCCACCCGUCUAAACUUCUGGAGGUGGAGCAGCUGCUCUUCUACCUGCAGAACCGCAAACACACCAACGACAACCAGGAGAAGAGACGCGUCUCCCCUCGAGACUUCACAGCGUACGCAGGACUGGAGCUGGACGAGGAGGCGAGCAUCACCAGCGUGGAUGAGUACGUGGAGCUGCUUUAUGAGGACGUCCAGGAGAAGAUCAGAGGAGCGACGCUCAUCUUCCAGCUGGCUCGUAACCCCGACAACCUGGAGGAGCUCAUCCAGAACGAGACGGCGCUGGGGGCCCUGGCCAGAGUCCUGAGGGAGGACUGGAAGCAGAGCGUGGACCUCGCCACCACCAUCAUCUGUGUCUUCUUCUGCUUCUCCAGUUUCUCCCAGUUCCACGGCCUGGUCACACAUUUCAAGAUUGGGGCCCUGUGCAUGAAUAUCAUAGAGCACGAGCUGAAGAGGUACGACCUCUGGCAGGAAGAGCUGCAGAAGAAGAAGAAGGCCUAUGAAGAAUUCUCUGAGAACCAAAAUCUGAAGAAAGAGCAUGAGAAGUCUUUCAGAAAGUACCAGAGCCUUCUGACCAAGCAGGAGCAGCUCCUCAGAGUGGCUCUGUGUCUGCUGCUGAACCUGGCUGAAGACACUCGAACAGAGCUGAAGAUGAGGAACAAGAACAUCGUCCACAUGCUGGUGAAGAUCCUGGAUCGGGAGGACCAGGAGCUGCUGCUGGUGGCCGUCUCCUUCCUCAAGAAGCUCUCCAUCUUCCUGGAGAACAAGAACGACAUGGCUGAGGCGUGUGCGGUGGAGAAGCUGUCCCGUCUGGUUCCUUGUGACCACGAGGAUCUUCUGAGCGCCAGCCUGCGUCUGCUGCUGAACCUUUCCUUCGACACGUCGCUGCGCUGCCAGAUGGUUCAGGCCGAGCUCGUCCCUAAAGUCUCUUCUCUGCUGGCUGACGAGGCCCAGAGACAGCUGGCCAUGUGCAUCCUGUACCACAUCAGCAUGGACGACAACUUCAAGUCCAUGUUUGCAGACACAGACUGCAUACCGCAGCUGAUGCGGCUGCUGUGCGAGCGCGGCGAGGAGAAGCUGGACGUGGAGCUCAUCUCGCUCUGCAUCAACCUGGCGGCCAACAGGAGCAACGCCAAGUUGCUCUGUGAAGGUAACGGUCUGAAGAUGCUGAUGAAGCGAGCGGUGAAGAUGAAGGACGUCCUGGUGAUGAAGAUGAUCAGGAACCUUUCUCAGCACGGCGGAGCCACAAAGAGCCUUUUCCUGGACCACGUGGGGGACCUGGCGGCUCAGAUCUCUGAGGACGAGCCCGAGGAGUUUGUGAUCGAGUGUCUGGGGACGCUGGCCAACCUGACCAUCCCAGACCUGGACUGGGCUCUGGUCCUCACCGAGUACCAGCUGGUGCCCUACCUGAAGGACCGGCUCAAACCAGGUUCUGCGGAGGAAGACCUGGUCCUGGAGGUGGUGAUCCUGAUCGGCACCGUGUCCAUGGACGACUCUUGUGCUGCCAUGUUGGCCAAGUCGGGCAUCAUCCCGGCUCUCAUCGAGCUGCUCAACGUCCAGCAGGAGGACGACGAGUUUGUGUGUCAGAUCAUCUACGUCUUCUACCAGAUGGUCUUCCACAAAGAUACCAGGGACGUCCUCGUAAGGGACACUCAAGCUCCAGCGUACCUGAUCGACCUGAUGCACGACAACAACGCAGAGAUACGCAAAGUCUGCGACAACACGCUGGACAUCAUCGCUGAAUAUGACGAGGAGUGGGGGAAGAAGAUCCAGAAGGAGAAGUUCCGCUGGUACAACGGCCAGUGGCUGGAGAUGGUGGAGAACCGCCUGAUGGAGGAGGCCGGAGAACCGUUCCUGUUGGGGGAGGACGGAGACGUCCUGGACAGAACCGACCUGUUCUACAGCGCCGACGGGAUCAUGUCGGCAGACGGAGACAUCAGUCCGGAGUUCUUCACAGACUUCCAGAGCGGAGAGCUGGGACGCAGCGGAUACCUGAGCAGCGUGUCGGAGCAUUUCGUCCCGACGGAUCGACCCGUCAGCGCCUACGGCUUCAGGCCCGACGAGCCCUUCUUCUUCAGCUCGGCCGCCCGGUAACCGCCUGGUAACCACCCGGUAACCGCCCGGUAACCGCCUGGUAACCGUCAAGUUACUGCCUGGUAACCGCCCGGUAACCACCCGGUAACCGACAAGUUACU